AGUUUUCCUUCUUUCUGAGAGCAAAAAAAGGGCUCUUUUGUAAUUACAUUCAAUAUCUUUCUUGCUCUGCUGCUCUUUUCUCCAUCAUCCAGAAGCUGUUCCACACCAUAGCCACUGGUGUGCCCUAAAUCGAUCUGUAGCUGAUGUCGAAAUCAGGAGCAAUCGAAGUACAUCACUAACUUACUGGGAUUCCGGCUGUCUUAAAAUUUCGCGAGAUGCGCAUGGAGAACGAUUGAGUUGGCCUGACGUCGUCCGCAACCACCAGCGCACCAAAGACACGCGAGGUGUUAAUCUGAGACGAAUUUCUGAACGGCAAAGGCCUGCUCUCAGGCUCGCUUUAAAGUCUGUAUGGUUCCUCGACCUCUCCCCUAUCCUAACACACACCCGAACAAGGGUAGUGAGGGCGAAAAUUCAUAUCCUGGCCAUUUUUUUGCUGUCUACCCAGAACAGCACCACGAAAUUCUGCGACGCAUCUACUGGAAGCGUCGCGGAUACUUCAUGGCCGUGAAUAUCCCGGCUUUGCCUGAAAUCGAGCGGGUAAGCUCUUCGAUUUGGAGGGUGCUGGGUGGAAAUCCGAGUAAAUUCACCUUGCAAGGGACAAACACGUAUUUGCUGGGUCGAGGCAAGGAGAGAAUCUUGAUCGACACCGCUCAAGGGUUCGAUUCUUGGAGAACAAAUCUCUACCGGGUGCUUCAGCAAGGCGGUUCUGAUGUAAGAAUCAAGACUUGCAUCCUGACGCAUUGGCAUCAUGAUCAUGUCAUGGGAAUUCCGGACGUAAGGAAGCAUAGCCCAGAGGUCAAGAUCUACAAGCAUUUGGGCAAUGCGUACGAUCCAGACGAGACCAUGGUGGGCGAGACAAUCAUCGACUUUGAGGACGGGGCGAAAUUCUGCGUAGGCUCUGAGGAAGAGGGCGACCUUUUCGAGGUGGAAGCGUUGUACACACCAGGCCACGCAAAGGACCACAUGUGCCUGCUGAUAACCAAGUCUCCUGAUCCCGAAGAGGUUGGAUGCAUCUUUACCGCCGACAACGUGCUCGGGCAUGGCACAUCCGUCUUUGAGGAUCUUGCGCGGUACGUCGCGAGCUUGAAACGCAUGAAAGCGAGGACCGGCGAGGGGAAAAGAGCGUUCCCCGGCCACGGGGCCGUCAUCAGUGAUGCGAGGCAGAAGCUGGAGGAGUACAUCACACAUCGACAGAUGCGGGAAGACGAAGCGAUGAACGUGCUCUGCUAUGGCACGACGACGGCGCCCGGUAAACCUUCCCUGAAGACUGCGGAGGGCUUUCCACAAUCUGUGCCUCCGCAUGCGGACGGCGAGAGCCCGUCAGUCUCGUUGGGCAAAGAGUGGGAGAGUUUAGACAUGGUCAAAGUAAUCUAUAGACUAUAUCCCGAAAACCUGUGGGGUCCUGCUGAAGGUGGGCUUCUGCAAGUCCUGCACAAGCUGGAGGCAGAUGGCAAAGCUGUCAGAACGCCGGAUGGAAAAUGGAAGGCAUCCGAAUCAGCCAUGGAGUUGGCUCGUGCAGAAGCAAGCGCCUUUAUGAGCGUGUCUUCGAGCAAGCUGUAAUUCAGUCAUGAGCUUGCUCGCUGUUAAUAUCGUACCGUAGGCCUGAUACCCGAAAACAAUUCAGCAAAAGGUCUCUCAGACAUAAAUCUUCCGACGUUCCUCACCAACGCACAUUUCACAUUUCGACUCCGCGUUUCUUUCUUGAACUUUCUUGCUUCGUCACCAUCUGAUUGGAAGCAAUCCA